AUGCCUGAUGGAACACCCCUGUACCAGCGCCAACUGCGACUUCUCCGGGCGGUCUUCCCAGAGCCGCACACAAUCUACAUCUCAUUGGCGCCGGGUUCUGAGACGGAUGACUAUCUCGAAAGUUUACUCGCCGUCGAAUCCGACCCGACCCCUGAGAAUGAGAGUGAAAAUGGCGACUUGAAGGAGCCGAAAGUCAGAAUCUUGCGAGACAGACACCCACCCAGAUCUCGUUACUCCGCGGGACCGGCCGCCGGCCUGCUCUCCGCCUACCGAUACGACCCGUGGGCCACAUGGGUUGUGGUCAAUUGCGAUUAUCCUCUUCUUCCCCCAGACGCCAUUUACCACCUCAUGGUCAAACGCGACUCUGUCCCGGUGACGUGUUAUCGCUCGACUGAUGGGGACUGCGAGCCGCUGUUGGCCAUCUGGGCACCGCCGGCCAUGGCCCGGCUGGCGGAGCGGGUCGCUCGGGGGCACCCGUGCCCGAAGGAGGCCGCAAGGGAGUUUGAUGCAUUAACGUUGGACGCGCCGCCUGGCUGUGAAUGGUGGCUCACCAACGUGGAUGAAAUGGAAGAAUUGGUCAAGACGAUUGAAGAGAAGAAGCUUAGGUCGCUAGAGCCGGCCGCUGUUGAAGUCCCGAAAGAAGCAGCAUAG